CCCCAUUUCCACUAAGAACCCAUGACCACUCGUCUUGAGAGAGAGAGAUAGCGUCCCCAUCGGUCUAGCUUGAAAGCUACCCCAGGAGAGAGAAGAGACUGUCUUCUAGAGAGAGUGUGUUUUUAGAGAGAGAGAGAGAGUUACCAUGUCUAGUGAUUCCACAUAAGUAGAGGUGCCAAAGGGUGGGAUUUUCUCUCUCAAGACUCACAACAAUGGUGGCCACUUCUUCAGCCAAAAUGGUAGCAGGAGCUUUAGUCAUGGCUUCUGGUUUUGCUCUAGAGGCUGUAAGCUUUUUAGUGUUCAGCGUUUUAGACCUCUUGGACGUGGUUCUGUGUAUUGUUUACAAAGUGAUCGACUACGCAGUGGAAUCAGAGUGGAGACCAUGUUACUGCUCUUCGGGGAAGGAAGCCAUUACAAGUAGUGGCAAGAUCUUGCUCUCAGAGCAAGGGAAAACGAAGAUAGUGUGCCUCUGUUCUAGCAAGCUCCAACUAGAGGACAUAUCGGACACACUGUACACGAGAGUCUCACGUGUGUCGGAGAUGUCCAGGUUGACGGCCGCGAGGCUGGCGAAAGUGGCGGAGCAGCGGGUGGUGAGGCCGAGAGAGAGGUUGAUGGGAGGGUCUGUGCGCUCGACCUUUCGGAUCAACUCGACCAUUGUCGAGAUGUUGCAGGGGAGGGUUAAUGGCGCACACCCUGUGCCCCGAUGGUCCGACUGUGAUUGCAAGACCUGUCUCUCUUGGACCUCUUCCUCUAAGGAGACCCUUUAUGUCCACACUGAUGGCGCAAAAGGGGACAUUUUGGGAAAGGAAUGCACAGACGUCCUCUUCAUCCAUGGCUUCAUUUCUUCAUCUGAUUUUUGGACUGAGACCCUGUUCCCAAACUUCUCCAAAGACGCAAAAUCAAGGUAUCGACUCAUCGCUGUGGACCUUCUCGGCUUCGGUAGAAGCCCAAAACCGACGGACUCACUGUACACAUUGCGGGAACAUAUCGACAUGAUCGAGCGGUCGGUGCUCGAGCCCUUCAGGGUCAAGUCCUUCCACAUCGUGGCUCACUCCCUAGGCUGCAUUCUCGCUCUUGCCCUCGCCGUCAAGUACCCUGGCUCGGUCAAGUCCCUCACCCUUCUCGCACCGCCAUAUUUUCCAGUACCCAAGGGCGAGGCGUCCAGCCAGUUCGUGCUCCGCCAGGUCGCUCCACGCCGCGUGUGGCCCCCCAUCGCCUUUGGCGCAUCGGUCGCAUCCUGGUACGAGCACAUAAGCCGCACCGUAUGCAUCAUCUUGUCGAAGCACCAUCGCCUGUGGCACUUCCUGGCUCGCCAAAUCACCGAUAACCGGAUGAGGACGUUUUUGGUGGAUGUUUUCAUGUGCCACACACACCACGCUGCGUGGCACACGCUGCACAAUGUGAUUUUCGGAGCGGCCGGAAAGAUGGACGGAUACCUAGACACCGUCAAGGAGUUGGGGUGUGAGGUGACGGUACUCCAUGGUAGAGACGAUGAGCUAUUGCCCGUCGAGUGUAGCUACGCCGUUAAAUCAAGGGUGCCUAGGGCUAAUGUUCAGGUGGUGGAGAAAGCGGACCACAUAACUAUUGUGGUCGAUAGGCAAAAGGCAUUUGCAAGAGAGCUUGAAGAGAUUUGGGUGAGGAAUUGCUGAAAACAUUUGGCCUAAAAAUACACAACACAGUGAGCCUGCCUCCUUGGAAUUGUGGUGAGAGAAAGACAGGAUUCAUGGUGGCAACAAAUUGGGGAAUAACGAUCUCUAUCCAGUCAGUUUAUCCUCUUCACUUGUUAUUUGUGUUCCUCUCAAUCCUUUAAAUCCAUAAACUGUAACCCUAAAUCGUUUGUUCAUCUCUCUCUCUAAAGGGUUCUUCUAUGUCUCUCUGUUUUGUUUUUUGCUUCCAUAUUCUUGGAGUAAGAGAAUGUUUGAUUCUAAUAUUAUUUCGAAUCAAAGGCCCUUUGAAUUA